AUGCCGUUCGGUUUGACUAUAAACUUUUAUUUUUGGUUGGUGAUUUAUUCAUUGUACCUGAAAGUAGUCGCGGAUUCUGCCGAAGUCCAAGUGGAACAUUUAUAUUUAGAACUGUUGGCAAAAGCGGUCAAUGAUGAAGGAACGGUGGAUUACAAUUAUCAACGUCCCAAUGACUGCGAAGUCGAUGGUAAUAAUUAUAUACAUGAAAUUGAGAAGUGCAUGUACCGUGGCAGUGAAGCUGUGUACAUGAGUCGACCGUUUGAAAACUUUGACAUGCGGAAGGUUACUAUGGAAUUGUUUAACAUCACGCGGAAGAACUUAUGCACGUGGGUUUAAUUUUGCAUUGUAAUACAAAUUGAAGACGCAAAAAGGUAAAAAAUGACAAAACUUUCUUUACAUACGAUGAAUUAGCACAAAUUGUAGAGAACUCUUCAGUGUCAUAUUUUCAGAGAAAUAGGUCCAUACAGUUUGUGUUCACGUGAAAUUUCGUGUUCACGUCCAAAAGCCUCCAUCAUGAGUAGCAACGUUCUUCAAGCCUUGUUUGUGGUACACUUUAAGUGUGAAGGAUACUCGCUCAGUGAAGUUGAUUUAAUGGGUGAUUGUGCUAAUAAGGUGGAGUUGCCGCCGGAGAUGUAUAACACAAAUGGGCCGUGCAGGUAAGGUUUUCAGGAGUUUUUAAAACUGGAAAUGACAAAAACUUUGGCGCUACUCUGUUUAAAGGUCCCACGCCACCCAAUAAAAGGUCCCAAUUUUUGACCCAAUAGAAGGUCCCAAAAUUUUAAUUUUAUGAGAACCGAAAAUCGGUUGUAUUGGUUGUUUCAUUCUUAUUUUUUGCAAAGACCAUGGAUGGUCGUGUCAUUAUUGUUGGUCCGUGAUGACCAUGUCUUGACUUAGGUUUUGCCUGAGACAAUCAAUGUCUGAUGAAUGGUUCUCCUGAGAAAUACUUGCUGAUGAUGGAUCCCCCCACUUGAUCGUAUCUCACAAAAAUACCUACACGGUAAGUAUAGUUCUUUACAUAUUGGUUCAAACUUUUUAGUAGUGGUCCCACUUUUUAGAUAUGGGUCCCACUUCUUAGAUAUGGGUCCCACUUCUUAGAUAUGGAUCCCACUUCUUAGAUAUGGGUCUCACUUCUUAGAUAUGGAUCCCACUUCUUAGAUAUGGGUCCCACUUCUUAGAUAUGGGUCCCACUUCUUAGAUAUGGGUCCCACUUCUUAGAUAUGGGUCCCACUUCUUAGAUAUGGGUCCCACUUCUUAGAUAUGGGUCCCACUUCUUAGAUAUGGGUCCCACUUCUUAGAUAUGGGUCCCAACUUCUUAGAUAUGGGUCCCAACUUCUUAGAAUAUUGAUUUCAAAUUACUUUUUUGAGACCAUUUUCAGGUACAGCAACCACGUUUCAAUUUCGCGAUCUUUUUACAAUGAAAUUUGUAAAAAAAAUGCAAUUUAAAUGAAUAAAAUUUGCAUGGGACCUUCAAAUGGGCCAUGGGACCCUAUAAUGGGGUGGGACCUUUAAACUGAGUAGCCCCAAAACUUUUGUAGAAAGCAUUAAAAUAGCAAAAACUUUCUUUACAUGUUGAUUUUUUCAGAAAAGAGUACGUUUAUUACAUUUUCGACCAGUUUAAUCAACACUGCAAAUUCCUGACUCGACCACAAGUGAUCUCUAUUUGUGAAUUGUUCACCUUACAUUUUCGUUUUUAUUGUCUUUCGUUUCACUGUAACGACGUGGCGAUGAAACGAUGGAACGGUACUGAAAGUGGUUUCCGUUCGCAAAUAUCGACCCACAUUGUGAACAAGAUUCAAAUGCACGUCAAAGAGAUGAACAACAAAUACGAAGGACAAUUCAGUUUUACUUAUACUGUGCCUGAUAAAGUUUAA